AGCCCCCUAAAGUUUUUCAUGUGAAGUGUCGUCAUGAAUAGUGUGUUGCAUUUUUAUUUUUUAAAUUUAGACAUAUGGUUUGAAGUCAUGGGGGUGAGGAAAGAAAAAAACAAGAAGAUUUGGUUUGUAAAAAGUUACAUUAUUGACGAUAAUUUUAUUUUGUGAUAUAAGAUCAAAUUGCCUUUUUAUCCUCUUUUGAUUGAUAAAAAAUAUUUUGUAAAUAGGUACACUAGCAAUCAAUACGCGCGCUUUACGUAUGCACUUAAGUUUGUUUUUUAAUUUACUGCAACUUAUCAUGAGCAAGAAUGACAAUUAAAAAAGAAAAAUAAAAGAAAAUAAAAUAAAGAAAAAGAGACUGAUGCAUGCAUGCUGCUCUCUCUUCUCCAUCUCUCAACCUUUUUUCGCACUGUACCAAUCCACUUCCCCCGCCUUCCCCUGCCUUCCCUACUCGUACAUCCCCACUUCUCAUGGCCCCCAACUAUACCCACCAAAUCCCCAGCCCCAAUCAUUUCAAUUGCAGAUGCCAAUUUUUCAAGUUAAUUUUAAUUUUUAAAUAGAACUGUUAUUAUUAUCUAGCUGUGAUGUUCAAGUAAAAAACAAUAAAAUACGUUUCAGGUAAUUACUGAAUUGUCCAUAAUUUUUAUUUCUAUUCAGUUUUAAUUAGAAUGUCAGAGUGGUAAUUUCAUUAUGUUUUGAUUGACGAUGAAUGUUUCAUUAAUAUGUAGUUUAGAUUAGAUAAAGAGAGAAGGCAAAAAAGGCGAACCUUUCAUAAUAUCCAAAUACCCUUUUUCCCAUUAGAAUGUCAAAAAAAUAAAAAUAAAAAUCAUAAAAAAAACCUACAUAUUGAGACCAUGAGUGGUCACGUACUCACGUUUAUUAUUUUUUAAAUUGUAUUUUAAUGAAAAUAAUAAUAUCUACCAUAAGUAAAAUUAAAAAAUAUAUAUAUAUUAAACAAUAAAUAAAAUAAAAUAAAAAAAAAACCAAUUGCUAAACACAUAAGCGUGUGACAAGGUUUGUGUAUGUUUAAUUGGGAGUGUCCAAAGAAUACGCGUCUAAAGAUAAAAAUUGGGUGCCCACUGCCCAAACAAUACUUUAACCGGGAUCCAAACUUUAGUGCAGAAAUCGAUAAAACGUAUUCGUUCUAGAAGGCCAAAAUUAUUUGGGCUACAACACGCAAUGAGCUGAUACCAAUAUCUCAAAAGGUCCAAAUAACCGUCUUCCUCUCUCUCUCAUCUGUGUAGAGUGCAGCAAUGGAUCGAUCACAGAUUGUUCUGCUAGGGUUUUCACCACCAUCAUCACUUCCAGCUUCCGGAGAAAUCUGAGGAUUCUUGUUACAGGAAGGACACUUGCACAACCAUCCUGCCUUUCUUCUUCAUACAUACUUCCCUACUUGCUUCACCAAUCCACUGUCAGUUGAUUCCAAACACUAAACAUGGCUGAUGCGAUUGUUUCCGUGCUGCUAGAGCGAUUGGCUUCAGCAACUUUUCAUUACAUAGAAGAUAAGGUGGAAAAUGUUUUGAACGUUAAGAAAUACGUUCAAGAAUUCACUAGCAAUCUCAAAGCUAUUCAAGCUGUGCUUCGGGACGCAGAUCGAAGGCAAGUGGAGGAUGAAAGCGUGAGAAACUGGUUGGAUGACCUCAAGGAAAUAUCUUACCAGAUGGGGGAUGUGCUGGACGAGUGGAACUAUGACGUUCUGAGGCAACAGGUUGAGAAGCAAGAAAGAGAAGGUGCAGCUCCUCUUGUUCCUGAAAAGAAGGUCAGAUUUUCUGUUUCCUCUGGUUGCUUUUGUUUUGGCCAAGUCAGUCAGGUCUUUCUUCGUGAUGACAUUGCUUCUAGGAUAAAAGAGCUGAAUGAGAGUUUAACUUUGAUUUAUAAGCAAAGAAAAAUGUAUGGGUUUCACAUAGAGAAAGGCACUCAACGACUUGAACAACGGAUAACUUCGUCUUUUGUCGAUGUAUCUAACAUCUUUGGACGAGAAAACGAAAAAGAUGUUUUGAUAACAAAGUUGUUGACUGAUAGUAGUGAACAAGGGAGGGGGACCCUUGUCAUCCCUAUUGUAGGGAUGGGAGGAAUGGGCAAAACAACUUUGGCCCAACUAGUGUAUAAUGAUCCCAAAGUUAAAACCCAUUUUGAAAAGAGAAUAUGGGUUUGUGUGUCAGAUCCUUUUGAGGAGAUUAAGAUUGCCAAAGCUAUUAUUGGUAAUGACCCCCCGAGUUCAAAUGAGUUGGACGAUGUCUUGCAACGUGUGUCUAAAUUCAUUGAGGGCAAAAGGUUUCUCCUUGUCCUUGAUGAUGUGUGGACCCAAGAACGUGAAAAGUGGGAGCAAUUAGAGGUACCAUUGAUCCAAAGUGGUGCUAAAGGCAGUAGAAUAUUGGUGACAACAAGAAAACAUGAGGUUGUUGAUAUGAUGAGAGCAACAAGUCACAUGAUCAGUAUGGGAGAAUUGAGUGAACAGUCUUGUUUGUCAAUCUUCAAUCACAUGGCCUUUUAUGAUAGGGAAGUAGAUGAGUCCAAGAAAUUUGAAGAUAUUAGUCAUGAAAUUGUAAAGAAGUGUAAGGGUUUGCCUCUUGCUGCAAAGACUUUAGGUUGUCUGAUGCACAACAAGAGAACACGGAGAGAAUGGAAAGAUGUUUUGAGCAGUAAAAUAUGGGAUCUAGAAGAUGUCGAGCAAAAAGUUUUCCGACCACUAUUACUAAGUUAUUAUGAUUUGACCCCAACAGUUAAAUGUUGCCUAUUAUAUUGUGCUGUUUUUCCUAAAGAUUAUGAGUUUGACAAAGAUUGUUUGAUUAAUCUCUGGAUGGCACAAGAUUACCUUAAUUCGAAAGGGAAUAAAGAUAAGGGAAUGAUUGGUCAAACAUAUUUUGAUAACUUAGUAGCACGUUCUUUUUUCCAAGAUUUUGAGAAAGAUCGUGGUAGUGGUAACGUCGUAAGUUGCAAAAUGCAUGAUAUUGUGCAUGACUUUCUACAAUUUCUCACCAAGAAUGAAUGCUUGAUUAUUGAGGGUGAGUGUGCUACCAAUGAAAUAGCAGUAUUGGGUGAUAAGGUUCGCCAUUUGACCUUAGCUUCAGUACCCCACGGUCCACUUUCACCAGCUAUCUCAUCUUCCAAUUGCAAAAAUCUACGCACACUCACAACUUUUAAAUCAAAAAUAACUGCAAUAAGCUCAGAUUUUAUUUUGCAAUUGAAAUGUCUUAGGACAUUAAUUUUGAGUGGUGAAUGGAUAGGUUAUACUUACGUCAAAGAACUCCCAGAGAAGAUUGGACAAUUGAUUCAUUUGAAGCAUAUUGAUUUGUCUUAUAAUAGUAGUUUGGAGAAAUUACCGGAUGCUAUUUGUGAAUUGUACAAUUUGUGUACCUUGCGCCUUUUCUACUGCGUCGCACUUGAAGAACUACCUGAUAACAUGGGAAAAUUGAUUAGCUUAAAACAUCUUUAUAUUGAAGGAUGUCAUUCUCUCGAGUACUUACCGAAAGGGAUUGGGAGGUUAUCAAGUUUGCAGACACUGGAUACGUAUAUUGUGUGUUGCGAUGACAAGGAAGAAGCAUUACAGUUUGAAGAUCUGAGAACCUUGAAACUUCAGGGUAGUCUUGUCGUACGGGUUUCUGGGGAUGUAAAAGAUGUGAGGGAGGUUGAGAAAGCUCAGUUGUGGGAUCAAAAGCAACUUUUUCAUCUUGGAAUAGAUUGUAGAGAUGUGCACUACAAGCUGACAAAAAGCAGCGUAGAAAUAUUGAAUGUCUUACGACCGCACAAAGAUUUGGAAGCUUUGGACAUUCUUGGGCAUACUGGGACCGCCUGGCCAAUUUGGAUGGCAUCGUUAAACCACUUGAGAAUCGUUACCAUAGUAGGGUGGGAACAGUGUGAACUUUUGCCUCCUCUUGGGAAACUUCCGUCCCUUGAAAUACUGACCAUAGAUGGGAUGCCAGGAGUGAGAAAGGUUGGUGGUGAAUUUUUGGGAAUGGAAGAUCAAACAUCAUUCAAAUCAUCGCCAUCAUUAUUCCCAAAAUUGAAAGAACUCCGCCUUCGCAAAAUGGGUGACUGGGAAGAGUGGGAAGGUGUGGAAGGGUGGAAGAAAGAAGAAUCUGAAAUUACAAUCAUGCCAUGCCUUUCGUACUUGGAAAUUUAUUUCUGCCGUAACUUAAAGACACUACCAGACUUCCUUUGCAAGGUACCACUACAGAAUCUUAUCGUCAACAGAUGCUCGAGCAUCCUUGAAAAGCUUCGCGAAGAAGGCAGUGGAGAGGAGUGGCCCAAGAUUUCUCAUAUCCCAAACAUCCAUUUUCUGUCCGAACGGAGGGCUCCAAAUCUAAUGCAUCCUGAAACUAGAAAUUGGCGGACCCUGGAGCUUAUUUCAGAGUACGAACUCUGAAAAUACCAAUCUCGUCCACUUCUUCUGGGAGCAUAAUCUUCAUAUGGCACAUGAUGAUCAUCAAGUUUAAAUUGUCCUGUACUCCUGUGGGGAUAUGUAUGAUCAGGAGCAAUGCCGCACUUAGUCCCAACAUCUUCUUACUGCAAUCGGAGGAUUACUGAUGCUGAUGGGUAAUUUCUUCAACUAUCAAACCAUGAUUUGAUUUAAGCUCUGGGUUUGUCUCACUUUCUUGUAUCUUUUUUGUUUUCGUUUCUAGAGAGGUAAGGUUUAUGUCUCCCCUUCUUUUGCAUGUUGUUUUUUUCUCCUUUUUUCCUUGUACUAAGAAGGGUUAGGUUUAUGUUCUCCCUUCUUUUGCACCCUUUUUUCUCCUUUUUUUCUUGUACUAUGAGGGGUUGGGUUUAUGUCCCCCCCUGACUAGAUGUAAUUUCUUUUUUCGUUAUCAAUAAAAUUUCCCUCGUACCAUCGAGGUUUUCUAAAAAAAAAAAAAAGAAAAAGAAAAAAAAAUGUAAUUUUGACU